AUACGAGAAGAUCAAUCGUGAAUGAAUUGCAAACAAUGUUCCAUCAACACAAUGAAUUGGUGAAAUUGUUCAAAGUGGCACUCGAUCUGAUGCCCGCCGAUGGCCACAAAAUCAUAAUAAAAGCCGAUAAAACACCAAUUGGGGAGCACGCCAGACGAUUCAAUGUACCAACGAUUGAUGAAGUAGCCAUUGUUGUGGUUGGUGAACAGUUUCGGCCACGAGAUAUUGUUUUGUAUCGUAGAAAUGAGCAAUUACAACGUAUUUCAGAACUCCAUCGCUGUUAUGAUGCAUUGCAAUACCCCAUUUUGUUUUGGAGAGGGGACGAUGGCUAUCAUAUCAACAUACCAAUGAUAAAUCCAACAACUGGUCAAAAAUCAACGAAAACCGUCAGUGUGAUGAAUUUUUAUUCGUAUCGAUUGAUGAUUCGCCCUCAAGAAAACAAUUUUAUUUUGCGAUGCAAUCAACUUUCACAUCAAUAUAUCGUCGAUAUGUACGCCAAAAUUGAAAUUUCGUUGCAAGACCAAUAUGGCGGAGUUUAUAUAUCAAGGCGUUUCUUGAUACUCUAUCAAAAGCCGCUUUAA